GUUGGUCUGGUGGUAGUGUGUUACGCGUGGCUGUAGUCUGUCCAGACAUAACGGACACAGACAGACGGAGGGAGGGAAAAUUGCUCCAGCGGAUUUUGCAGGUUGUUGCCGGUUGACCCGACUCGGCGCGGGGCCAGGCUUUUUUUUUACGUCGCCGGUUGGCGGUGUGUGGUCGGCCGGAAAGGGGCGCGGAUGUUGGCGGGCGGAGAGCGACUUGUUCCCGGCGGGAGUGCCGCGGUGUGGCCGGGGAUGCUGGUGUGACCGCCCCCUGAGCCGUCAUGCCCCAUGAUGCACGUGCACCGUCUGGCCUCGUCCCUGCUCUGCGUCUUCACCGGGGCGUCCUUCCUGCUCACCUCGGUGCUGAUCCUCACCACCUCCCGCCCGUGCGGUGACACCCGCCCCCGGCCCGACGUGCAGUACUUCAGGGAGAUCGUCACAGAACUGAAGUCGGAAGUUGUGAGACUGAAAGAUGCCUUAGAUGAGCGACACCUAGCGCCCCCCAUUGUAGCUGCACCCGACGUGCGCAAGCGUAGAACGUUAUCCCAGGCAGGAAAACAAAGCCAGAUUCCACCAGCCAAUCAAAAGCCAGCUCCGAGAGUCAUUGUGCAGCAAUUGGCUGAAUCAGCAGCCAAUAGGAGAGCAGCAAAAUCAAAUUCACCAAUCAAAAGGAACCUUCCAGCCAAUAAGAAUCCACCUCAGCAGAAGCAGCCAAUCAAUCCCAAGCAACAGGGUCAACUUAGGAGAAAUACAGCAAAUAUUCCAGGACAGGGGAAGCCUAUCAGUAGAAAGCCAAAUACUAAUCUAAGGGGGCCAAACAACGUAGAAGCCAAUAGAAAACCUCCAAACAACGUUCAACAACAGAAUGGACGGAAACAACAAAUCAAUAGGAAAACUGUACUCCCAGGCUCAGCAAAUGGAAGAACUAGGACAGCUGUUAAAAACCAAUCACAGCGCAGGACACAGGUUAAAAACCAAUCCAGUAGCAGGAAGCAGGUAACCAAUGGAAAGCCUGCUGGCUUGAACCAAUCAGACGCCAGCAGUCAGAGGACCAAUGAAAAGCCGUCUGCUCCCGUUCACGUGAUCAUCUUCACCAAUAGGAGAUCGGGCUCGUCGUUCCUGGGCGAACUGUUUAACCAGAACCCGGAUGUGUUUUACCUGUUCGAGCCGCUGAAGGCGCUGGAGCAACGCGUGUCGUACCAGAACCUGCAGGUGCAAGCCGCCCCCACCCUGGGGGACAUGAUGACGUGUAACUUUACGGGGCUGCGGUACUUCCUGAACUUCACCAGUAAGGAGAGGCUGCACAGGACUUCCAGCAGGGCGCUCAGCUCUCCACCGCUCUGCCCCACUUCUAUCAGGUGGAGCCCCUCCGCCAAGCUGCAGGGUUGCCGCGAGCUGUCCCCGGACAUGGUGUCUGACGUGUGCCGCUCCAAGCAGCACGUGGCCGUGAAGACCAUCCGUCUGGUGGACAUCAAGUCUCUCGCCUCGCUCGUGAGGAACCCAAAACUCAACGUCAAGGUCGUGCACCUCAUCCGGGACCCUCGCGGCAUCUACAACUCUCGCGUGAACGAGAAGCGGGGCGAGAAGGGCGCGCCCGACACCGUGGCGGAGCAGAUGAACUUUCUGUGUAAACGGGAGGCCUACAAUCUACAGGUUGGCCGCUCGCCGCUGCCCUGGCUGGCGGGACGCUACAAGCUGUUCCGGUACGAGGACAUCGCGCAGCGCCCCCUACAACAAGUGCAGCUGCUGUACGACUUCGUGGGGCUGCCCCUGCCGAGUCACGUGACGCAGUGGAUCAUGGACAACACGCAGGCGGACGGGGACAGCAGUCUGUACACCACGUCACGCAACUCCUCCGCUACCGCGCAUGCAUGGAGACACGCCGUGCCCUGGCAGUACGCGCAGAAGGUGGAGGGCACAUGCGCGAAGAUGUUGGACCUGGCAGGGUACAAGCGCGCCCCUAGCGAGGCCCAUCUGUACGACAUGAGCUACAGCCUCAUGGGACCCAUCCCCACCCCUAACGUCCAGCCCAAAGGUCAGGGUUCAAAACAGGCGUCCAGUUUGAACUUUCCCACUAAAGUACAGCUAUUUGAUGAAAGUGUGGACUCGCUAGCGUUGAAUUAAUAAAGGAUAUAGAAUGUCGUUUUA